GAAACGCUCACAAACUCAUCACAUUAGCCUGACCUCUCUCUCUCUUAUCAGUUACAGCAGUUCGAGAAUCUCACCAUGAGAGCACCAAGAACCGUCUCUUUCGUUGCUCAGAAGAAGCUUGAUUCACCGAUGGUGAAUAAACGCAAAGCAGAUGCAGCAACGAAGAAGGACAACGCAAAAAAGGAGGCUGGCGCUCCGAAACGUCCACCGUCCGCCUUCAUCAUCUUCAUGGAGGAUUUCAGGAAGACUUACAAGGAGAACUUUCCAGAAAACAAAUCUGCUGCUAAUGUAACAAAAGCUGGCGGUAAAAAAUGGAAAUCAAUGAUUGAAUCUGAGAAAGCAACAUAUGUUGCAACUGCUGCUCAGAGGAAGAUUGAAUAUAUGAAAUUAAAGGAAGAGUUGAACAUGAAACAGACUGAUGACGAUAAGCACAUCAUCACGCCUGAUGAAUCUUCUAUAUCAACAACUUCUGAGAUCACCAAUGAGACUGAGCAGGAAGAGUUGCAUUCAUUUAAUAAGCUAACAAGAGUAGACAAAGAAGAAAAUAAUGUAUUAAGCCAUAAGCAGAAUAAAUCUUAUUUCGACGCGAUAACCAGUACAGUAAUGUCGACUAGAGGCACACAUAAUAGUCUUAUUACCAAAUUUAUGUUCAGAGCAAGGAAAGCAAUACGAAUAUUUACAGAAAGAGUGAACUUUGAAACUUGCAAAUUGGGACUUAAAAGAUCACCUCCCCCAACACUGAAAAAUGAAAACCACUGA